UCCGUAUGUUGUCAGACACGUAGCGUGUCUGUUUAAAUGAGCGCGCGCGCAAAAGACAAAUAGAGAGAGAGUGUGUGUGUUUGACUGAGCGAUAUAUGGACAGAUGCUUGUGUUUACACAUUUUUCUCUUUCACUACUAGCAUUAAUCAAGUAUGUUUGUUAUUAAAACGGCCUGUAUUUUACAAUAUAUCCUUUCUAUUCAGCCUAAAUAAGCAGCAGUUACACUUGUAUAUAAUAAUAUUGAACAUUGAAACCUGUCAAAUUAUCUAUCAAAACAAUUUUCUAAGGAAGGAUAUAUAUGUGACAUUUACAUAAAUAAUUUUCUCUCUCUCUCUUGUCUCAACUAUUGUAACAUUUAACGGUGAACAGACUUUUGCGCAAUCCUGCUUGCUAAUUAUUAUUUUAUGAAUAACGAUAAUGAAUGCAGAUAAGAAAUGACCAAUUAUCGUACGGAAUUACGUAUACCUGUUGAACGUAAUAAAAAAUCCGUCAUUCAUGAUGAUUACUUGAAAAAUUUUAGUAUUUUUGACAACGAUACAACAUUUCCAUCAGACGACAAAUGGAAAUAUAAUUUCGCCAGUAAUAAUAAUAAUACCAAUAAAUUCGACUGGGAUUCACGUAAUCGUCACACAUCCGGUAGCAAUGACCAAUUCUCUCAUCAAAUCCCAUGGCAUAAACGUUUUCGUACAAUCUCAUCUAGUCCACUGCGAUUCGCAGAGACAACGGAUUACCUGUACGAUGAUAUGAAACGUAGAAUGGAGGAAAGACGAAGACGAUGGAAUGAAGAAUUUCGACUGAUGCACAAUGAUAUGCUAUUACCUAGUCGAUUAUCUAGUUCCAGUGAUUUAUUCGGCAGUCGGGAUGUAAUGAAUUCAUUAGCCAGUUCACGAGAUACACUGACGACAACAGCAGCGACAGCAACAACAAAGACAAGUGGUUAUGAACAAUUUCAAGAUGGCAGUGUACAUUUUGUAGCGAAUUUUAAUCUAUCAGAUUAUGAUCCUGAAUUAGUAAAAGUAUUUGUACGUGAUGGUCAGCUAGUGGUAACAGCUAAAACAGACAGAAGUCAUUCCACGCAUAGUUUGAAUGCAACGACCAAUCAUAAUAGAGACAAUGGUUCGACGUCAUCUCUUCGUGAAUAUUCACGUUCUGUCAAUUUACCUCCAGGUGUAGAUGAUGAGAAAAUCUCUGCUUUAUUAUCCCUGAAUGGUAUCCUGACUGUGAGUUGUCCUAUGAAACCACCGCCUUUUUCAUCGUCAGUAGAUGGACGAUCCUCUGUUUCUAAUUCAGAAGUAUCCUCCGAUCGAUUUUGGAAUGAUAAUAACAAUAAUAAUAAUCAUAAUAAUAAUAAUAAUAACAACUCACCUCGUCAAUAUCAAUCACCAAGAAAGUUAUCACAACAACUUUUAAACACCUUUGAAUUAAAAUCACCAAAAUUGAGCCAUUCAACACGUUCGAUCCAUUCAGAUUAUGAUAUUAAUUUACACAGUCAUGAACGUGAUCAUCACACUCGAAACUAUAUCAACAACAAUGAUCUACAUCGUCCAGUAUAUCAAUCACCAAGAAAACGUCGAUUUUGUCUAGAACUGCCUAUCGAUUCAGAGUAUUCCCCGUCAGAAAUACAAAUUAAAACGCUAAAUCGUCGUAUUUACGUGAAAGCACGUCAUGAAGAACGUGGAUUAAAUCGUACAGCUGUAAGAGAAUUUUCUAAAGAAUAUGAUAUACCCGAUCAUGUUGAUCCUGAGAGUCUUACAGCGAAAUUUAGUAAUGGUAUAUUAUAUAUUGAAGAACCGCUUAUAUGAAAAAAAGGAGGAAUGAUAAUGAUGAUUAAUGAUGCUCACAUGAACCCCACUCACCCACCCACUCCCACACUUAUUUGAUAAAUCUCCCUCUCAGUUACAACACUUUUGGUUUAUUGUUGCUCACUUUUAUCAAUCUCAUCAUAGUAUUUUGAUAAAAACUAUACCUGUAUAUUUCGAGAGGGAGAGAGAGAGAGAGAGGUGUGCUCAAGAACCGAAUGCUGUAAGUUGUUGAAUAGGCUGCCUGUAAUCAUGCGUAGAGAUGCAAAAUGGUUUUACUGUUUACAUAUAUUUUUUAGUUUUAAUUUCAUAUUUUUCUAUAGAACGUAUAUAUGCACCCAUACACAUAUACACACACACACUCAAAAUCAGUUUCCAUGGUAUAUUCUACUCACACUGGAAUAGCAUCGAGAACAAUCCUGUCUUUUUUGGUUGAAUCGCAAAAGACGCUUUUGUAGUCAUUUUAAAGAGAGAGGGCACUCUUUCAACUGUCCUCCAGGAACAUGGAAGAGAUGAAUCAGACAUGGGGAAUCAAUAAAACGACAAUACAGUAACAUCUAGAAACAUUCAAGAACACGCACACACACAUGCACACAGACGGACAGAGAUUAAUUCACAUGAAGAGUUUGUUUCACUCAUCAGAUCAUACAUAUAUAAAGUUAGCCGAGUUUCUAUAAAGGUUAUUUUGUAGAUGAAAGAGCAAUUGAGCAACAGUGCCUGUUGUAACAUUGUGUGUAAUACAUCAACUUUCAAAUGUCUUAUAAAUAAAACAAUCAGUUGUUCUCUUGUAUUCUUAAUUUGUUCUUUUAAUUGUGAUGCUGACCUUGAAGGGAAAUUUAUGUAAGGCAACUUUUUGUGUAUA